UGCCAUCUGUAUCAUCAAAUUGUAACAAGUUUUUAAAAUGGUGCAAAAGUUAUUGUAGUUGUCUUUUGUGGCAGUCAUUUUAACUAUUCAAAAGGAUUGAGCUUAAGGUAUAAGUGGUUUUAAAGUCAGUAACGUAACAUGAAGACUAUGGGUUUAUAUUUAUACUUCUAUGAAUAUUAGCAAGAAGCUGCUGAUCGGCGAUGGAGGACGGCGGAGGAAAGGGCUGACAAAGAACCGGAACUCUGUCUGAUUCGACGGUUUCGUCUCAUUAACGGGGACAGACUUCACAGCCGCAAGGAAACACAGCGCUGAGUCGCCAUUGAAUUAGAUCGUGAAGGUGGAACCAGCCAGCCAGCCAGCCUCCCCCUGCCCCUUCCCCACUUGUCACUGAACUCGCCCGCUGUUCGUCGUCGUAGUCAGUCCCGGAGAUGCCGUCGCCGCGGCCGGAGGAGUGCGUUUGGUGUCGCGUGUUCUGGUGGUAGUGCGGUGCGUGAUGCGUGUGCUGUGGGUGCUGGUCUUGGUGCUGUGUGUGAGGGCGGAGGAUUAUUCUGGCCUGAGGGGCGCCGUUCGCCAUGUGGAAGACGCCAUUCACAAGGAAAUGAUGAUCGAGCCUGUGCGGUACAGUGACCCCAACCUGACAGUCGCGUACCAGUCCUCAGCGCAGUUCAACGCACGUGGGAUGGCCAACUUGUACAAAGUGACCAACUACUUCAUGGACAUCAUCCAGAGGGAGGACCCAUACCCGGAAGGUUUCGUGGUGGUGCAGGACGAUGGCUCGCUUCGGAUGGCCGGCCUGGUCGAGGAGUGGCGCGCCUUGCUGGCUCACUACGCCGGGGUGGUGGCCGUCCUAGCGGUCGGCUCCCUCUUCGCGCUGCUCAUGCCCUGCGUCGGCUUCAUCUUCUGCUGCUGCAGGUGUUCGGGGCGCUGCGGUGCCCGGUCGCAACCCUUCGAAAAGCGCCGGGACCCGUGCAGGCGGAUUGGCUUCGGAAUCGUGCUUUCCGCCGUCACCAUCGUCAUCCUGUUUGGAGUGGUUUGUGCCUUUGUUACCAAUGAGUACAUGGAAGAUGGAACCCAGAAACUACCGUCGAGAUUGAGGACAUCGAUCAAUGACACAAAACUGUACCUGUCCAACACAGGAGCGGAGCUUGACACUUUGCUAAUUGGAAACUUUGCUGAGCUGAAUAAUGUUGUGGACAGCGUCCUGCAAAAAAGUGGGCCCAUAGUGCAGCGUGAGCUGGCAGAGGUGUCGAGGGCCGUCGUCCUCUCUAAUCUGACAGAAUUGGUGCGCGGAUUAGAGGUCAUCAAGAAUGAUCUGCAGGAAAUCAACGUCACCACAAAGAGUCUGCAGGACAACUCAAACAUCCUGGCUCACAAUCUCUCGGAAGUAAAGAGGGCACUGGAAUUGGAGCUGCAGAAGUGCAACAGUUCGUGUAAGGAGUCGCUGGAGAACUACGUUGCUAACAUGUCUACUAAUGCUGAUUUCCAGCAGUUCCUAGACAGGUACUUCCCCAAGUUGCCCCAAAUUGAAGACAGUCUGCGGAGCGUGACAGAUGUGAUCCUGAAUGGCAAGAUAAAGGAUAAGGUGAACAAUGGACUGCAGGAAUUUGACAAGAUUCAGCAAGAGGUCCAGAAUGCUGUCAAGGACUUGAUACCGCAGGUUUCAGAAAAGAUGAGUCAUGCAGGUGUGGCCAUAAGGAAGCAGUCACAGCAGAUAAACAAGAUCCUGAAGAAUGUGAACGCUGCCAUGAUGAACCACGCUUCCAAGGCGGUGGACAUUGGGGAGAAGGCGAUCGUGGAAUAUGGUUAUUACAGAUACUACACAGGUCUGUCUGUGAGUUCUGUGAUGCUGCUGAUACUGAUGUGUGCUGCUCUGGGGUUGUUCUAUGGUUUCUGUGGAAAGCGUCCGGACGGUUAUGGCGAUGACUGCUGCAGCAGGGCCACUGGUGCACGAUUUCUCAUUUUGGGUGUGUGGGUGAUAUUCCUCUUCUCUGCUGUGCUGAUGGUGGUUACACUGGCUCACUUCCUGCUUGGUAUCAUCGUUGAGAGGGCAAUGUGUGAACCGCUUCAGAAUCCCAGCAACAAUCAACUUCUGACUCUCAUUGACAAAAUUGUUAGGCUGGAUAAGUUCUUCGGAUAUGAAGCAGAAAUUAACGUCUCGUCCAUUAUCAGAUCCUGCCACGCAAAUGGAAGCAUGUAUGAAGUUCUGCAGAUCGCCAACCUGGUGAACAUCAGUGAGGUGAGUGACUACAAGACCAAAUAUGGCAUCGAGAGCAUCAUCAACCAGCUAAAGAUGAGGAUAGACUUCGGAGGCAACGUCACCAUCUUCACCGAGGACGCCAAGUACGAGCUGGAAAGACUGGCUCGUUCCAACAUCACACGCAUUGACUUUGCUGCAUUUGCUGAAGUGCUAAAUAAAUCUGUUGUGAACAUAGAUCUUGGCACACUGGCCAAUCAGCUGAGGAAGACUGCCAAUGAGAUACCCAGUUCUCCUUCUGACAUAAAGAGCUCAUUGGAGAGGCAGGCUAGUAUCCUGCAGUCGCUGCAGGAUGGUGUCGUGCGGCGGAUGGAAAUGCAAGUACAGACCCUGGACAGGAAGACUAAAGCAUUGCAGGAGAACUUGAAGUUCAACCAUUCCUCACUUGAUGAAAGUGUCAACCUGAUUCUGUUGGAAGUGAUCGGGGCUCAAGAGUAUCUCAAUACCACAGCCUCCAAGGAAAUAAAAAAUUUGGCAGACAUGUUUGCUAAUGCGAUCCUCGGCCACGUAGACCUUUACUUGAGCAGGGUGGUGAACAUGACGACCACAAAGGUGGGGCAGUGCCAUCCGAUGAGCCAAGUGUACAAUGCUACUGUCAUCGCCGUUUGCAACGAGAUACUCGACCCUUUUAAUGGUUUCUGGGCAAGUGUUGGCUGGUGCUUGGUCCUCCUCAUUCCUGUCAUCAUUCUUUCAGUCAAGUUAGCAGCACUGUACCAGAAGUCGGAUCCAUAUCCCGCACCUCUUGCAGAAUCUGAAUACUUGUAUGAUGCAUACGGAGAUCGGGAUAACAUCCCAUUAGCCAAUGUGGACAAGAAGAACUACCACCGCCACUGCCACGAGACAUAUGAGAAUUCUAGUGGUUACUAUGGAGGGGAUUAUAGUGCUCAUCUGGGGCGUGGGGGUGACCGGUCCUCACCAGCAGCUCACAGUGACGCACGCUACACUGACAUGGCUCCCAAGUAUGUACUCCUCAGACAUGAUGGUGGGGGCAGGAUCAGGCAUUGGGACUACCCCAAUGGGGGUCCUCCUCGCUAUCACAGUCCACCGUUGUCCACAGAGUAUGAACGACCUCCACCUUACUACUACCCAGGGCCCGGAUGUAGGAGGCUUUACAGGGGUUGGUCCCCAGCCCGCACUUGGCUCGUGGCAUCCGUGAAAAGGAGGUGUACAUUGCCGUGAGAGGGACAGCAGCAGGAGGUAGGGCAUCGCCAUGGUGACAACUGGUACAUACUGUGAUUGGAGGAUAAAUAUCAUGCCCUGCAGGCUAGACGCGCGCUUGGCAAAGAUGGCCGUCCAGCAGCCAGCCAUCCUUUUAAAACAUAUUUUAUAAGUGAACACAGUUAUUUUUAAAAAUGAUGUCUUGCACAAGAUGAUAUUACUCUUGUGCUUAUUCUGAUUUAAUCAAUGAUAAGGAGGAUCCCAGAUUAAGCCAAGAGAGAAGGUUUACUGUCACCAAAUUCCAAGACUCAACUUUCUUGUGUGGGUCUCAGAAUUUGGCAGGGAGAAUGAAAUGGUUGUAAUUAUGUUUUUUAUUUACUUGAAUAUUUAGCCAAAAACAAAAGAAUGUUCAUACUAUGAGUCAAUAUUUUACCAAAAAAGGAAAAUCUGAUAAAAAGAGACAAAGGACACAUACAUUGCUGUGAAUAGAGUAAGAAUUUGAUGCAUUAAACUUGCUAAUGAUAUGUUUUACCUGUAGAAUGGGAAACAUGAUAUUCUGCUGACUGCAGCAAACUAGUAUAAUCAGAGCUUCUUUAAACAGUGCAGUUUUAAACCUUAAUUGUUUAAAAUAAUAAUAAAAAAGCAAAACAUAUUUGUAAGAUUUGAGGUUUUCACAACGGUGAGUAUGAAGAUUUCUGUCUUCUGGGUUGUUGCGCUGUGUAGUCUGGUCGAUGUUAACC